AUGGCCGCGCGCGAGCUCAUCGCGCUCGAGGACGUGGCCAAGAUGCCCGCUCCAGGUCUUAGCACGCCUGUCAACGUGAGCUUCAGCCCGGACGGUCGCAUCGUGGCCUUCCUGCAUGCUCCGGGGGCACAGAGCGGCCUAUCUCGGCAACUGUACGCGCUGGACGUUGCUUCACGCCGCGUGUCACUACUGGCUGCCCCUCCCAAUCAAGGCAACACGGAGGGGAAUCUGAGUCUCGAAGAGAAGCUACGACGCGAGCGUCAGCGUCAAAUGGGGGUGGGCAUCACGUCCUACGCGUGGAACCCGUCGUCACUCUCUCAACGCAUAUUGUACCCUCUACAAGGCGAUAUUUACCUUCAAGAACAGCCAGGAGCGGAGCUUAAGUUGCUCUUUGAUAAGACCUCGACUGGCGUCGCAGGAGGUGCCAUCGACCCGCAGUUCUCGCCCGAUGGCAGAUGGGUCGCCUUUGUGCAGGACAAGGAGCUCUACGUGAUCCCCAGCCACGUGACAGAGGGCGGUCAACAGGCUGUACAGGUGACACAAGGAGCUCGAGGCGUCGAAGGCAAGUCCAAUGGACUCGCUUGCUUCCUAACCCAAGAGGAACUCAGUCGCUUCCGUGGCUUCUGGUGGUCGCCCGACAGCACGAGAAUCGCGUUCGAGGGGAUCGACGAGAGCCACAUCCCCAAGUUUAGGAUCAUGCACUCAGGCAGCGCGGAGCCGACGGGAGACGCGGCGCAAGAGGACCAUCGCUAUCCUUUCGCCGGUGCUGCCAACCCCCUGAGACGCCUGGGAAUUCCCACGCCUGUAUGGAUGGAUUUUGCCAAUCCAGACCCCGAUUUCUACGUCUCCAGAGUCAAUUGGCUGCCAGAUCAUUCGCUUGGAGUGCAGAGACUCAAUCGACUGCAGACGGACGUGACGUUUCUGCGCUUUGACGUGCAAACUGGACGUGCAACGACGCUGCUUCAAGAGAGCAACCCGGUGUGGCUGAAUGCGAAUUAUCUGUUUCGUAAUAUUGAGGCGGAGAGUAGGAACACGUUCCGGUUCUUAUGGGGAUCAGAGCGAACUGGGUUCAUGCACUUGUAUCUGUACGAGUACACGGCUGGAGCACCAGGAGCACGACUGCUUGGUGCUGUGACGAGUGGCCGGUGGCAAGUGGAAUCUGUGGAAGGUAUCGACUUAAUGCAGGGUCGCGUCUACUUCUGCGGUACUAUGGACUCCCCAUUGGAGCGACAUUUGUACGUGACGUCGCUCAUUUCCGUCAGUGACCCGCCGCUGCCGCCUAUGCGACUUACUGGGGCUGAAGGCAUGCACAGUAUCGUGAUGGAUAGCAGCUGCCGCAUGUUCGUGGAUGUGUACAGCAAUACUACGACCCCUCCUCGUGCGCAAGUGUGCACGGUGCCUUCGGACGCGCAGCUUGCAGCAGUAAAGCCAGUUGAGCCGGCCAACCCGGCGCUGGCAGCAGAUCAAGCAGCCCCCGUGUCUGCUGAGCUUGCUGCAGUGUUCCAGAGUAUCCAGGACUCGGCGUACCCACUCACUACGGAGCAGGAAGACCUGCGUGUCUCGAUUUUGCAAGCUCAGGCUAAGCUCAGUGUUCCAAAGAUUAUUUCGUUCCCGACUCGUGACGGUAAGGAGACGCUCUAUGGCGCUGUAUACUUGCCCGACCGAGAUAUCCAUGGUGACGGACCGUACCCCACAAUGGUGAGUGUGUACGGUGGCCCGCAUGUCCAGCGUGUGGCACGCAUGUGGGCGAUGACUGUGGAUAUGCGAGCACAGCGGUUUCGUGAUAUGGGCUACGCGGUGCUGAAGGUGGAUAACCGUGGUAGUUUUCGUCGUGGGUCAGCUUUUGAAGGCGCGAUCAAACACUGCAUGGGCACGGUAGAGAUUCUAGAUCAGGAGGAUGGCGUCCGUAAACUUGUGGAGGAAGGGGUUACGAUCGAAGGCCGUGUAGGAAUUUAUGGUUGGAGCUAUGGAGGCUACAUGUCGGCGAUCAGUCUUAUGAAGGUGCCUGAGACUUUCAAGCUUGCUAUCGCUGGUGCGCCUGUGACGAGCUGGGACGGCUACGACACGUGCUACACGGAGCGCUACAUGUCUACGCCUCAGCUGAACCCGACGGGGUACAGGGAAGGCAGCGUCAUGGAGGCUGUUGGAAACAUGCAGAAGGGACAGAAGCUGAUGCUUGUCCACGGAUUGAUCGAUGAGAACGUGCACUUUCGCCACACAGCUCGCCUUAUUUCGGCGCUGAUUAACGCACGGAAGCACUACGAUUUGCUGCUCUUCCCUGGUGAACGCCACUCGCCUCGUCACCUAGAAGACCGAAUUUACAUGGAGCAGCGUAUCGCCGAAUACGUCGAAACCAAUCUGUAA